AUGACGACCAAAACACCCAUCAUCAUCGACUGCGACCCGGGGCACGACGACGCGCUCGCCAUCCUCCUCGCAGCCGGCACGCCCUCCCUCGACGUGCUGGCCAUUACGACCGUGGCCGGCAACCAAACGCUGGACAAUGUGACGCGCAACGCGUCCUCCGUCGCGACGCUCGGCGGCCUGACCUGUCCCAUUGCGCGGGGUGCCUCGUGUCCGCUUGUCCGCGACCCGAUCGUAGCCGACGUGCACGGCCUGACGGGUCUCGACGGCCCCGAACCUGGCGACAUGCCUGCUCCCCGCGAGGCGAUCGAGACACCUGCGUGCGACCUGAUUGCCGACCUGGUCCUCUCCCGUCCGGGCGAGAUCACGAUCUGUGCCCUGGGGCCUCUGACGAAUAUAGCCAUGGCGCUCCGCCGCCGGCCCGAACUCAUCAAAGCUAUCAAGGCAAUCUACCUCAUGGGCGGGAGCGUGGGGAGCGGCAACGUGACCCCCGCCGCCGAGUUCAACAUCUUUGUCGACCCCGAGGCGGCGCGCGUCGUGUUCCGCUCCGGCGUGCCGGUCGUCAUGGUCCCGCUCGAGGUCACGCAUCGCGCGCUCGCGACGGAUCAGGUGAUUACUGACAUUGCCGCGCUCAACACACGGCUCAGCAACGCGCUCGUCAAGAUCCUGGGAUUCUUCAAGGAGGCGUACCUGCGCACGCAAGGGUUUGGGUCGCCGCCCAUCCAUGACCCGUGUGCUGUCAUGGCGCUCAUUCACCCCGAGAUCAUAAAGGUCACCAGGGCGCAUAUCGACAUCGAGACUACCGGCGGGCUCACGACUGGCCAGACCGUUGUUGAUCGCAGGGCGCCGGCGCCUGAGGACUGCACCACGGCCUUCGCCAGCGAUAUCGACGUUGACGCCUUCUGGGCCAAGAUGCUCGAGGCGCUGAAGCGCAUCGGCGAGCCGGAGUGGUAA